CCCAUUCUCCUCUCGUAGCAGCAUCGUGGGCCCAGCUCCGGCCAUUUACUCUGGGGCCUCCUCCCGGCCCUCCAACUUCCCGAAAACCUUUCGGGUCGGUGGCCUGAGAUCUCGCGAGCGCUCCCAACCUCCUUUCCUUCCGCGAGAUCACUUCUUUUCUCCUGCUCGUCUCCUCGGCAACUGCAGAGAUCUCGCGAUCUUUCCCGGCGCUGGAGCCGAAGCCUAGUACAUUGGGCGUCUUAAGAUAUCGCGAGAAAGCAUCGCUUUCGUUUCUAAUACAUCUUUUAGCAGCCCAGGCAUUUUUAGCGAGACGAUUUUCUUUCAGAACCUUCUGCCUCGCGAGGUAAUGUGUACCACAUAUUCCGGUAGCUCUGACCCGAAAUCAACUCGACGGCAAAGAGUUUGGGAGUCUUUGGGGGGACGUUUUAUGUGCCAGAGCCUGGCACCUGGAAGACACUGCAUUUCCCGUGAGCACUUGCAGCCCAAGCCCUCCCCUUCGCGACGCAAUGGUUGAUCUCAGUGGACGGUGGCCGGAAAAGGACAAUGGUCUCCAUGCCAGCGGGUAAACGCGCUCCCCUUAGCUCCUGACUUUGGAGGCAGAUGUCGUUGUGAGAAUUUUCUGGGGAGCAAAGGAGCAGUUGAGGAGCCGGUGACUCGUGGAGCCAGAAUCAUGCGGCGCCGGGGCUUAGUAGCCGGGCCAGACUUUGAAUAUUUCCGCCGUCGCUAUUUCACGCCAGGGGAGGUGGCCCAACACAACCGGGCCGAGGACCUCUGGGUGUCUUACCUGGGCUCCGUGUAUGAUCUGACGCCGCUGGCUCAGGAGUACAAGGGGGACUUACUGCUGAAACCCAUCGUGGAGGUUGCAGGCCAGGACAUCAGCCACUGGUUUGACCCAAAGACCAGAGACAUUCGCAAGCACAUAGAUCCUCUGACCGGCGCCCUGAAGUACCGCACCCCGCGGGGUCGCUUCCUGCACAUCCCCCCUCCGCUGCCCCGUUCGGACUGGGUCAAUGAUUUCGGGAAGCCCUGGUGGCAAGGGUCGCGGUACCAGGUCGGGCGACUGUCCCAGAAGACCCGCCACAUCCGCAUCAUUAACACGCUCACUUCGCAGGAGCACACGUUGGAGGUGGGGGCCCCGGAAUCAAUGUGGGAAAUCCUACACCGCUAUCUUCCCUAUAAUGCACAUGCCGCCAGCUACACAUGGAAAUACGAAGGGAAGGAGCUGAAAAUGGACAGUACUCUGGAGGAGAACGGCAUCGGGGAUGAAGACGAAGAAUUUGACCUGCUCGACAUGGACAGUGAGCUCUAUACACCGGCACUGCUGCUCUACUUCAACGAUGACCUCACGGAGCUCUAGGGAAGGGUUCCGAUGCUUCCAUACACUGGAGACCUAUUUUGAGUUUGGCUGUUUCUAGGCCCCGAAGGAGAAGGAAAAGAGGGGGUGGGAAGUGUCUGUAUCUAGACCUCCACUCUUCUCACAAAACUGGCCUAUUUGGCUCAGGAAAGGUCCUCUACCCCACAUCCGUUACAAUGGGGGAGAAUCAUAGAAGUGAAUUCAUUGAUUUUUAAUGAUACAAGGAAAUGAAGAUUAUUAGGAAGAUGUAGAAAAGCAUGUCAGAUAGAAAUUAGGGAGGACUUUUUUGAUAGAAAUGGAAGUCCUACACAGGGAUGAGGUAGCGUAUACACAUACAUACAUACAUGGCGGUAAUGAGAUACCUGCACAAAGUUAGCAAUAGGAAAUCUCUAAGUUGACCAUACAAAACUGGACUCUCUGGUAGCUACCAGGUAAUUCAAGCUAGGUGUUCUAUGUACCCUUUUUGAUACAACUACUCACUAAGCUGGUGACAACUACCAUUUACUUUCGAGAUGUCUUCUGAGACUUGGAAAUAUUUAAUAGCACGAGAGCACACCUAGUUAGUGACCAGCAGAGCCAGAUUGGAAAGCCGUGUCCACCGCCCCAAAGCUCUUGUUCUUCUCCAUGGAAAGGGACAGUAGCCUCAAGUCUGGUGCAUGCCAACAUUUGUACCCGCUGCUUGCAGACCACGCGCUGGGGGUGUGGGUUUGUGUCAGGAGGCCAGUUGUGCGCUGGGGCCCUGUUAUGUAGCCAGCCACUCUGGGGAGUGAGCCGUGUUCUUCAGUGGCAAAGAGCCAGGGAAGGGCAAGUGGCCUCUAGCAACUGAGGCCAAUUCCAUAGCACACUUUCUCCCCUGGUGUUUUGAGACUAAGAGGUGGAUUCUUCCUCGAGGAAACAGUGGGGGAAGGGCCUGGGGAGUGGACCACUUUGGACGGAGGAGCAGAUUAGGGCAAGCAGGGAACUAAGGUCAGGAGCAGCUGCGCACCUAGGGAAGGGGAGGGAGACGGGCUGAGUCUGCAGAAGGGAUUUGAGAGAAGUAGAGGAGCCAACAAGUCGGACAACGCGCAGUGACCAAAAGAGAACAGCCCUGGGGCAGCAGCCAGAUCCGACAGCUGUAAGCGUAAACUUGGGAGUUUUCUGAGGGGCUAAGGAGGAGCCCUGGUGGCACAGUGGUUCCUUGUCAGUUCGAAACCACCGGCCACUCUGUGGGAGAAAGAGAAGGUUUUCUACUCCUGUAAAGGUAGUUGGAAACCCACCGUGGCAGCUGUACCCUGGCCUGUGGGGUCGUCGUGAGUUGGGAUUGACUCGGAGACACGAGGUUUGAACAAAGGUGGACACAUCCUUAUUGCCUUCAGCAGCAUCCGAGCUUACUGGGAGACCGAGUGCUUCGCUUCCCUCCCGUGUAACGCAGGAGUCCAUGAGUUAUCUGAACCGAUCGUUCUGAUGCUUAUUGAACCCAGCAGUUGUUUCACCUGUAUCUUGUUUGCUUAGUUAAACCCUAAACACUGUUAAGAACUGAAGAAGAUUGUUCUCUGUGACAGCCGCAGGGCUCUUGUGUGCCCAGGUGGUAUGCCCAUUUUCCUGCCUGAACCUGCCCGCUCCAUUCUUGUGCUUCAGCAUCUCUCACCAGAAACACCCCUCUCUCCACACAGCCCGUAAUGAUCUCUGCAGCCCGUCUUCUUUCCUCUAAGCCACCAUACCUCUUGCCUGAGCUGCUCUAGAAGCUUCCCAACCUGUCCCUCAUUUCCACCUGCCCUCCACACACCAGCGUGAUCUUUGAAGAACAAGUAUAACCAGUGAACCUUCCUGCCCCCAAGCCCUCUGUGACUCCCAGUUGUUUUUGGAAUAAAGACCCAACGGCAGAACCUUGCGUAACUGAAGCCUGCAUGCCUCAUCACCCGCGCACGCCCCAUCCCUUAACAGUCUUCUUUGUUCGCUGUGCGAAGCCACACUGCUGGCUUUCAUUCCAGAAGUGUCUUCCUGUGCCAUCACACAGACUUUGCAUCUGCUUGGCAACCCCGCCCCCUCACCCCCCAUGGACCCAAGACGUUUCUUUCUCAAGGAGGCCUCAGACUUUUUGGUCAAGGUCAAGACCAACAGAACCAGUUGCCAUCAAGUUGCUUCUGACUCAUGGCAACUCUUAAGAGUCCCAGUUAAAGAAGGCUUUUCUGAGAGCCGUGAAGUAAGCACUGGGAGUACGUGCUACCUGUCGUUCCAAAAUGAAGGGUGUGAUUAACUGCCAGGAUGCUAGAUUGGAAGCCCUAAGGGCGGAGACCCUGUCCCUCUUGUUCACUGCGGCUUCCUGGGGCUGGACACCCAAAUUGCUGGUCAAUAAAAUUUGUUUGGCAGAA